AUGUCUUCAUUGGUGAUUGAAAUCCUUAGUUUUUGGUCUUUUUGGAAUGCAUUUUCUUUUUCAUACGGUAAGUUUGACUUUUAUAGAGCUGUUUCUAGUCUCACAGUUAUGCUAUAGCUGUCUUGAUCACAGUCGAAUAGUUUAAACAAAAAUCAAUGUCUUGCUUCGAGUGCGUCCUUAAAAUUACUAUUUUGAAAUUCAUUUCACGGUUCCGUUUGUAGAUAAGAGAACUGAUAUAACAUAUAAGACCCUGACAAGGAAAAAGGGUGUAAUUAUUACCUAGAAGAUGGAAGUGUCUUCUUGUUCACUCAGCGGCGACCACUUAUAUUCAUUGUUGCGGUAAAAUAUUUGAAACUAUUCAUCGACAGCAAACAUUGCAUCCGUUGCUUAAUUUGGUUUAAAAUUUUACGUCAAGGAACUUCUACUAUUAAAGCUGUUUAUGUUCGCCUCGUACCAAUUCACUAAUCGCGCUUUUCCUAGUAAAAUGAUUUUCGCAAAACUCCGGUAUCUAUGAUAUUUUUAGCCCUGAACAGUCCCGUCGUAAAGCGACAACGUCAACCCAAGUGAGUCAAAUCUGAGGAGUCCAAAUAACAGUUUUCUACAUUUAAUUCAGUAGAAGGUGAAAAAGUCCGUUAAAGAAAAGUCAGAGAGAGGAACUAUUGUCAUGUGAUUUACACAAUCUGCGGCCGGCAGCUGAUUGAUACGUACGUGUAGGACUACGAAUAAAGUAGUCUUAUCAAGCAGCGGUUGACCAAAUUAUCAGAGGUUAAAAACUAUUGAAAACGUUAAGUCUGCUUUGCUAAACAGUGGCAAGUAAAUGAUGCAUCAUUUCACUUUUUCUUAAUGGCGUCCUGCGGAACAUUCAAAAGGCGACGUUCGUAAGUCCUGGUAUGUUCAGCUCUUUGGUUAGUUUCUUUUAUGAAAAAUAAUUCAAAUUAUAGGAGAAUUCGUCAAAGAAAAAGGCAACGUCAUUUUCCCAUCACACUGCCAGUAGGUUUCCUUUAGCUCUCAAGAGACAUUUUUAUCGCCUUUGGAAAAUUAAAAAAAAAAAAUUCUAAGUAAGCAAGCAGUUCUUUCACCGGAUUGAAUUUUUCAGGAGUUCCGCUUUAUGAGCCUGUGGGUUGUUUUCUGGACAGCGGCAUUUCACCUCAUCCUAUGCCUCUGCUUCUUAAGAAUUUCCGUCCGCAAAUGAAAUGGGAUGACAUCACUGCUGUGAUUGACUGGUGCGCGCGCUUAGCGCAUGACAGAAGUCUGAGGUAAAAAAAUAUUUUUUUCAUAGCUGAAUUUUCUGACAUAACUGCACAGUUUAUGCUGGUCACAACAUGAAAUGACACCAUUUCGAAAUUUUGGCAAGAGGACGGUCGGACACCUAUUGCAAGACAAAAGAGACUCUGCCCUAGGGAUUUAGAACCUUCCCCUAAAUGAAAAUGUAAGCAGUGAAAAACCACAGACCAUUAUUAUUAUUUUGGGGGGGGGGGGUUAAGGGGUUGGAAAAUUUUCACAUGCAAACAGUUUUUUUGUGUUUCCGUCUUCCUGCAAACACUUUAAUUUUUACUUCCAUACAAUCUAUUUCAGUGUGUACAGCCUCUGCAAAUAAUUUAUUUCACAAUUUUCCAACCCCGCUCCUUCCCCCCGUCAAAAACAUAACGGUCCUUCCCGUCCGUCACAUUUUUUAAGUUGCAUACUUUAUUUAUAUGCAGAUUUUCCUACAAUAAAUCAUCUAUUGUUUCUUAAAUGAGUUCAAGGAGUCUCGGAGCAGCCUCGUCCCCAGGGCGCUUUUCCUCCAAUAAAGCCAGGGAAAAGCGCCCUGGAGACGAGGUUGGUCUCGGAGCGCUAUUAAAGAUAGUUAACAGUGAUUCAUAACAACCUUGCCUUAACUUUUAUAGUGAUAGACAGGGACCCCUCUUGGAGACCUAGAGGCAGAAAGUCGGUUCGGAAGAAGCCACGCCGUUUCCCCUGACCCGGCUUCUCCUGGGUCUCAAAGGAUGAGAGGAGUCCACAAUCCCCCAGCGGGACUGAAGGUUAGCCUGCGAACGAUAGACGUUUCUCCUCGCUCAUCGCCGCUGAGGGACGUUUGAGAAACGUCUGCCGUUCGCAGGCUAGACUGAAGGUCUGCUUACGAUCUCAGCAACGCUAGAUCUUAUUUUCUUUUAACGGUUGAAUACUGUGCUAGGCGGAUAAAAGCGUCAUCCAAGUUCGUCAACACAAAUGUUGAUUACCAAUGAUAUUGUUCGGAGAACCCCUGACGUCAAAGGUUGAGAAUGAAUCUCAUUUGUUUUAUAUUUAUCUUAAACUAGCUACUUUGGGCUACAGAAUUAUGGUGAAUGUUGGUCCGGAGAAACCGCUGGUCAAACAUACAGCCGUGACGGUCGGGCAGAAAACUGUAAGAGUGGUGUAGGGCUGAGUCAAUCUACUUACUUUGUGUAUAAGUUUUUCGACUAUGGGGAUAAGGGUAAGUUUUUCAGUGAUGUAAACAGUUUAUCCUUUCCAAAUAGGAAAUUGAAACUUUUGCGUUAAAAUCUGCAUUUUGGGAUAAAAUUAUAGCCACCGUAUUGGUCAUCUGUAUUCUUUUAUAAAGAACAAAAGAUCGAUGCUCAGAUUUCAAUCAACAACGGCCCCACUAACAGAGGGUGGUCUGCCUGUGAUGGAAUCAGCAUUUUAUCCAGUCAAAGGAAACCGAUCCCAGGCAGGUGGGGAUAAAAAGAUGACCUGCGUUUUCAUGCAAUCUUACAACCCCACCUACCCGGGGUAAAUUUUUCAAGAUUGCUAAAUGCAUGGUCCCUCACUUUUGGUUGUUAAUGCUUUUCUACUCUGAUGGAACCUUUCAAUGCCGUUGUCUCUUGCAAAGCCGGCUAUCAAAAUAAAGGCAGUCUGUUGAAUUUGGCGUGAAUUUGAUGUAACACGAAGUCCGUUCCCAGCCAUAAGGGUUUGCCCGACCUCGAAACGUUUACUGCGUGACAAACUUUGACCCCCGGCGGGGGCACUUGGGUAUUUUUUGGGUGGGUAUGUGCCGCCCGGGACUCCAAAUUGGUACCCCGUUCUAAACAAAAUUUCCCCUAAAAUUGAUAUCCUGUUCUAGAAAUGGGCCAAUAUUUUAUACGCCGUUCUAAAAUUCCUGUUUCAUGAUUUCAUGAUUGUCUGCUAUACUGACCUGCUGUGAGUGAUGGGUAAAUUGGAGUAAAUUUUUUUAUUUCUUUUUCUUUGUGACUCAUUUAGUUCCUGGGUGUAAAGAAAAAUGGAAAGCGCACAAUAACUUUUGUUUCAGCGUGUUGACAAAUGACACCUUAACAACAAGUGAGAUGAAAGACGUCUGCACUGAAAAUAAAGGAGAGUUGGUUUAUGCGAUGAAUAAAAGAAGUUUUCAUUUGGCCGAACGGUUCCUUUACACGAUGCAGCUGAAUGCAGAGACAAACUCAUCUCACCGUGUCGUCCUUGGUCCUGCUAACGCAAGUUCCUUCGCAACUCUACCUGUUUCUCAUAGUUCUGUGUACUCCGUCGCCACGCAUACCUGUGCAUAUAGCGAUUCCAGUCAGUUGAAAGUGGAGCCGUGCGAUGCGAACAAUUACGGCUAUUUGUGCAUGACACUCAGAGGUAAUCAGUGUUGUGUACGCAAAUUACUUUGUUUUUUAAUUUCCCGAAGACUUUGUUUCAUUUUAAAAGGAAGGGCGACGGAUGCACAUACGGGCGAUUUCAGGGAAGUUCAGGGCAGAAUAAGAGUGUCGUAUAUAACUUCAAAGAAGCCUGCUUAGCAGGAUUUUUUAGGGCCAUUGGAGAAAUCUCGUGGACUCUCGCGCGAGGCAAGAAAAGCAGAGGUGGUCGCCAUUUCGCUCAUUCCCCUUGCUCUGCCUGAAACUUGUAAACGGCGCCUGCUAUGCGGGGUAUAGAGAAAACAAUAGAAUAUCUCGAGAAGAGAACUUCACGUCCUGUGGGUGGCCAUGGUCAUCGUGAGAAAUCCUUGCAAUACCGAAGAAACUACCAUGAUUUGAGCUUUGAUGUAUCAUUGUCCCCGCUCUUUUUCAUGUCGAUGUUUGUAACAAAUGCCUGAUCACUGAGAAGGAGUUCUAAUCAUUUUGCUAAUAGAACUGGUUACCGUAAUGGCAUCCAUAUAGCAAGUAGCUCAGAGCCACCUUAACCUUUCAAAAAUAAACCCAAGGUGGCAGUCUUAUCUCUUCGCCAUAAACUUUAUUUUAAAUUUGAAAAAGUCCUGCUCUUUUAACGCUCGAAUAUUUGUAAUAAUAAUCAAUGUUGGGAUUUAAAUUUAAGUAAGGAGGGUUUUUAGGAGCCAAUUCUGUUGCUAUGGUAACCUUCUUUGUCACGUUAUUACCCACAUCUUGACUGCUAAUGACUGGACAUUUGUUCAAUGUCAACUAAAAAUGACUAGUAAUACACUGAUUCCUUAAUCUUAAAAUAUACUUUAUGUUGGAUGCUGGUGUUGUCCGUCCUGAUACUGAAAUGGCCGUGAAUGAUUUUAUUUUUAGAGACAGACCCAGUGGUUGGAAAGUUGGCCCAACUUGGCACAGACACCGCCAUACCAGGCCACGUGAUCAAAAAAAUGCUAGUUGAUGACGUAAUCGCAUGUGCUUGUGAAUGCCUUCGUUACCUGAAUUGUUUGUCAGUUAAUUACGAAUACAAACCGACGGGCGACCGAGAUUUUCCGAUGUUAGGAAGAAUCUGCGAGCUGAAUGACGAGACGAAGAAAGACGUCCAUCUUCAUAGACGAGAUGGCUACAAAUAUUAUGAGAGAUUCAACAUUUAA